AUGUCUGAUUCCUCAGAAAUUUUUGAAGAUAUUGAGUUAAAAUCAAAAAUUGAUCAAUCAUUAACAAGAAAAUUAAAAGAUAUUACAGCUGGAUUUGUUGGUGGUGCUGUUCAAGUAUUAAUAGGUCAACCUGCAGAUUUGGUUAAAAUUAGAUUACAAACAACAUCAGCAAAUUCAUCAAUUGAUGUUAUAAGACAAGUUAUUAAAAAUGAAGGAAUUUUAGCAUUUUAUAAAGGUACAUUACCACCAUUAAUUGGAGUAGGAGCAUGUGUUUCGCUACAAUUCUAUGGAUUCCAUGAAUCAAAAAGACAAAUUUUAAAAUUUACAAAUCAGGAACAAUUGAACUUAUGGCCUCAAACUUAUAUAUCUGGUGCUUUUGCUGGUUUGGUUAAUUCUCCGAUUACUUCACCAGUUGAACAAUUGAGAAUUUUAUCACAAUCUUCAAAAAAGACAAUAUCGAUUAAAGAAACAUUUAAAACUAUAUUACAAAAUCAAGGUUUAUUUAAUGGUAUUUAUCGAGGUUUUAAUAUUACUGUUUUAAGAGAAAUUCAAGCUUAUGGUAUUUGGUUUUUAACUUAUGAAACUUUAAUUAAUCAAAUUAUAGAUUUACAACAUUAUAAAUCAAGAGAUGAAAUUUCAACACCUGAAUUAUUAAUAAGUGGAGCUUUGGCUGGUAAUGCAUUAUGGUUAUCUUCAUACCCAUUAGAUGUUAUAAAAUCAAACAUUCAAAGUGAUGGAUGGGGUAAAGAAAGUAAAUUUAAUAAUUCAAUUUUGAAAACAACGAAGUAUAUUUAUAAAAGUCAUGGAUUUACUGGAUUUUGGAGAGGUAUUAUACCUUGUCUACUUAGAGCUAUACCUUGUAGUGCUGGUACUUUUGCAAGUGUAGAAUUAGCAUUGAGACUUAUGGGUUAA